AAUGAGCGGCUAACAGAAUUGCACACCCAAAAACAGAAACUUGCUCGCCAUGUCCGAGAUAAGGAAGAAGAGGUGGACCUGGUGAUGCAAAAAGUUGAAAGCUUAAGGCAAGAACUGCGCAGAACAGAAAGAGCCAAAAAAGAGCUGGAAGUUCGUACAGAAGCUGUAGCUGCUGAAGCAUCUAAAGACAGGAAAUUGCGCGAACAGAGCGAGCACUAUUCUAAGCAACUGGAAAAUGAAUUAGAGGGACUGAAGCAAAAACAAAUUAGUUACUCACCAGGAGUAUGCAGCAUAGAACAUCAGCAAGAAAUAACCAAACUAAAGACUGAUUUGGAAAAGAAAAGUAUCUUUUAUGAAGAAGAAUUGUCCAAGAGAGAAGGAAUACAUGCAAAUGAAAUUAAAAAUCUGAAGAAAGAACUGCAUGAUUCAGAAGGCCAGCAACUUGCUCUCAACAAAGAAAUUAUGAUUUUGAAAGACAAAUUGGAAAAAAACAGGAGAGAGAGUCAAAGUGAAAGGGAAGAAUUUGAAAAUGAGUUCACACAACAGUAUGAACGAGAAAAAGUGUUAUUAAUGGAAGAAAAUAAAAAACUGACAAGUGAGCUUGAUAAGCUUACCACUUUGUAUGAGAACUUAAGUACGUGCAAUCAGCAGUUAGAAGAAGAGGUAAAAGAUCUAGCAGACAAGAAGGAGUCAGUUGCACACUGGGAAGCUCAAAUCACAGAAAUAAUUCAGUGGGUCAGUGAUGAAAAGGAUGCACGAGGAUAUCUUCAGGCCUUAGCUUCUAAAAUGACUGAAGAAUUGGAAGCUUUAAGAAACUCCAGCUUGGGUACCCGAGCAACAGAUAUGCCCUGGAAAAUGCGUCGUUUUGCAAAACUGGAUAUGUCAGCUAGACUGGAGUUGCAGUCAGCUCUGGAUGCAGAAAUAAGAGCUAAGCAGGCCAUCCAAGAAGAGCUGAAUAAAGUUAAAGCGUCUAACAUCAUAACAGAACGUAAACUAAAAGAUUCAGAGAAGAAGAACUUGGAACUACUAUCAGAAAUUGAACAACUGAUAAAGGACACUGAAGAGCUUAGAUCUGAAAAGGGUAUAGAGCACCAAGACUCACAGCAUUCUUUCUUGGCAUUUUUGAAUACGCCUACCGAUGCUCUGGAUCAAUUUGAACGCUCUCCAUCCUGUACUCCAGCUAGCAAAGGCAGACGUACUGAUCCCGUUGAGAACACAUAUGUACGGAAUCCGAACGUCAAGUUUUACAUCCAGUCAAGUUCCACAUCUUCCACAUCUAGUGAAGCUGAGCCAGUUAAGACUGUAGACUAUACUCCACUUCCAGUUCACACACCAACCUUAAGGAAAAAGGGAUGCCCUGGUUCAACUGGCUUUCCACCUAAGCGCAAGACUCAUCAGUUUUUUGUCAAAUCUUUUACUACUCCUACCAAAUGUCAUCAGUGUACCUCCUUGAUGGUGGGCUUGAUAAGACAAGGCUGUUCCUGUGAAGUGUGUGGAUUUUCAUGUCACAUAACUUGUGUAAACAAAGCUCCAACUGCUUGUCCAGUUCCUCCUGAACAGACAAAAGGUCCCCUGGGUAUAGAUCCACAGAAAGGAAUAGGAACAGCAUAUGAAGGGCAUGUCAGGAUCCCUAAGCCAGCUGGAGUGAAGAAAGGAUGGCAAAGAGCACUGGCUGUAGUUUGUGAUUUCAAACUCUUUCUGUACGAUAUUGCUGAAGGAAAAGCCUCUCAGCCCAGGGUUGUAGUCAGCCAGGUGAUUGACAUGAGGGAUGAAGAAUUUUCUGUGAGUUCAGUCUUGGCUUCUGAUGUUAUUCAUGCAAGUCGAAAAGACAUACCCUGUAUAUUUAGAGUCACAGCUUCCCAGCUCUCAGCGUCUAAUAACAAAUGUUCAAUCCUGAUGCUAGCAGAUAGUGAGAAUGAGAAGAGUAAAUGGGUGGGAGUGCUGAGUGAAUUGCACAAGAUUUUGAAGAAAAACAAAUUCAGAGACCGCUCAGUGUAUGUUCCCAAAGAGGCUUAUGACAGCACUCUUCCCCUCAUUAAAACGACCCAGGCAGCUGCAAUCAUAGAUCAUGAAAGAAUAGCUUUGGGGAAUGAAGAAGGGUUAUUUGUUGUGCAUGUCACCAAAGAUGAAAUUAUUAGAGUUGGUGACAAUAAGAAGAUUCAUCAGAUUGAACUCAUUCCAAAUGAUCAACUUGUUGCUGUGAUCUCAGGACGAAAUCGUCAUGUACGACUUUUUCCUAUGUCAGCUUUGGAUGGGCGAGAGACUGAUUUUUAUAAAUUGGCAGAAACUAAAGGGUGUCAAACCAUAACUUCUGGAAAAGUACGUCAUGGAGCUCUUACAUGCCUGUGUGUGGCUAUGAAAAGGCAGAUCCUCUGUUAUGAACUAUUUCAGAGCAAGACCCGUCACAGAAAAUUUAAGGAAAUUCAAGUCCCAUGUAAUGUCCAGUGGAUGGCAAUCUUCAGUGAACAACUCUGUGUGGGAUUCCAGUCUGGAUUUCUAAGAUACCCCCUGAAUGGAGAAGGAAGUCCAUACAGUAUGCUCCAUUCAAAUGACCAUACACUCUCAUUUAUUGCACAUCAACCAAUGGAUGCCAUCUGUGCAGUUGAAAUCUCCAGUAAAGAAUAUCUGCUGUGUUUUAACAGCAUUGGGAUAUAUACUGACUGUCAGGGCCGAAGAUCUAGACAACAGGAAUUGAUGUGGCCAGCAAAUCCUUCCUCUUGUUGUUACAAUGCACCGUAUCUCUCAGUGUAUAGUGAAAAUGCAGUUGAUAUCUUUGAUGUGAACUCCAUGGAAUGGAUUCAGACUCUCCCACUCAAAAAGGUUCGACCCUUAAACAGUGAAGGAUCAUUAAAUCUUUUAGGGUUGGAGACGAUUAGAUUAACAUAUUUCAAAAAUAAGAUGGCAGAAGGGGAUGAACUGGUAGUUCCUGAAACAUCAGAUAAUAGUCGGAAACAAAUGGUUAGAAAUAUUAACAAUAAGAGGCGUUAUUCCUUCAGAGUUCCAGAAGAGGAAAGGAUGCAACAAAGGAGGGAGAUGCUGCGAGAUCCAGAAAUGAGAAAUAAAUUAAUUUCCAACCCAACUAAUUUUAACCACAUAGCACACAUGGGUCCGGGAGAUGGAAUACAGAUUCUAAAAGACCUGCCCAUGAACCCUCGGCCUCAGGAAAGUCGGACAGCAUUCAGUGGCUCGGUCAGUAUUCCAUCUGUCACCAAAUCCCGCCCUGAACCUGGUCGCUCCAUGAGUGCCAGCAGCGGCCUGUCAGCAAGGUCAUCCGCACAGAACGGCAGUGCAUUAAAGAGAGAAUUCUCCGGAGGAAGCUCCAGUGCAAAGCGGCAGCCCAUGCCCUCCCCGUCAGAGGGCUCGCUGUCCUCGGGAGGCCUGGACCAGGGAAGUGACGCCCCGGCGGGGGACUACGACGCAGAGGACUCUGAUUCUCCGAGGCAUUCCACAGCUUCCAACAGUUCCAACCUGAGCAGCCCUCCCAGCCCGGUGUCGCCCCGGAAGACCAAGAGCCUCUCCCUGGAGAGCGCCGACCGCGGGAGCUGGGACCCGUGAGUGGCCUCCGCUCUCAGACCAGACGCCGGCAGCGGCCGCUCUGGGCUCCCCUCCGCUCACUCACCCUGUGCUCUCACUGUCAUCCCCCCCUCCCCACCCCUGCCUGGAAGCGCCAGGGCCGCAGCAGCAGCAGGCGGGGACUCAGGAAUUCUGCAUCUGGGACUCGCGGCCACGCCCCCUCGACUGAACAGCGACAGCCGUAAAGGCAGACUUUCAUUGAGCAGCUCAGAUUAAUACCGAUUUCAUUUCAUACACUUAGCGUUGCUUUCCAGAAUAUUUCACCCCUCCCCUGAAAGGUAGCUUAAGUAGGCAGAUUACACAAAUGUAAGCGAUAAGAAUAAGAUUAGACAGCCAUUGUUCUCACAGCAGAGUCCCGUUGUAGCCCUGAGACAGCACGUGGGGCUCUCGCCAGUGGGCCCCGGGCACGCCAAGCCCCUUCAGCACCACAGUGAAUGUCGACCUGAUCGUUGCCAGUAAAUCCCUGUUCACUAAAACAAUGCAUAUUUUACUACAAAAUAGAGUUUAACUAAAUACACAAAUGUAGAGCUUAAAUACUGACUGUAUAUAAUAAAAAGCAUCUUGUGUUCAACAAAAGAUGGAUGCAUAUAUGAGACAGAGAUCACUUAAUUUAAAGAAAUGUGUUGUUUCUCGUCUGUUUUCCACCUGAGAUAUUAAAGGGUAGAACGGCCUCCAGCUGACGUUCACAGAGGGCGAGGGAGAGGCGUGGGAAUUCCCCUUAGCGCCAUUCCUCACACUGGCCGCAGCCACCUGGGAGCUUCAGGGAACGUUCCAAGGCUUUGGUUUCAUCGGUUUGGAGUGUGACCUGGAAACCAGACUUUUAACAUUUGAAGCCUCUUCAGCAGCAUCAUUAAAAGGCAUAUUUACUUCUAUCCAAGACAUUUCUUUUUCUAGCAGUAGAAUUUGAACCACACUUCUCAUGUAUUACUAUAUUUUGGUGUCUUCUGCUGAUGAAUGUAGAAAUGCAUUUUGUCACCUUCUGGAUCCCUUCCACCUGAAAGGACACAAGGAAUGUCAUAGUUUCUGAAGGUCCAUAAAAGGGUUCAAGAAAGUGCUUUUUCUCCUUGGCUAAGCCCCUUACUCCCUGAGUGGCAGCGAGGCGUCUGGGCCCCGGCUGCGGCGGCUUCUCUGGGGGCGGGGGGAGGUGUGUUUUGAGGGGGUGUGGGCUUCCUCAGAUAAGCCUGGGAAAGGGGUUUAGUUACCAAAUAAGGUAAAACCUCAAAUGCAAGGACUUGACCAGCCUUAACCAAAUACUCUUUCCCGCACCCAGUGGGAAAUGGACGCGCUCAGCCCGGGCGCGGGCAGGAAGUCAGCCCGCGUGGUCAUCUUGGCUGCUUAAGCUUUUCCUCCCCCAGUUGCUGUAUUGUGGUAUUAGUCACAUUUCCAUUUGGAUUCCCGCUGUUUUAAUUACCACAAGGAAAUGAGAUGCAGGACCAGGACUUCAUGUCUCCAGAGUCAUUUCACCAGUUAAGCACAUGAGUAGAGAAAGGGAUAGAAAUAAAAAUAUUUCAUGGAAGUAAAGAGAAUCUGCCUCUCUUUUACUUUUUAAUCUAAAUUUCUCUGAGAAAUAGAAACAGAUUUUCUGCUCUCUUCUUUACAAUUCAGCUGAAAUGGAAGGAUUUUCCUGCCGUUGCUUGUCUGAAUUGCAGUGUUUGAGCACUGUCGUUUCACCCCGGCCCCGAUUUCACAUCUUUCUCCUCAGCAGCAGCUGUGCCGGCCUUCCCACCACAAGCCACAGGGAGCUAUACCAUUUCCACUGAUGCCACUCUCUGGAGCAGGUUACUGAGGUUCAGUGAGGGAAGAAAGGAUCCUGUUUGGGGAUUAUAUUAUAAAAUGUUACAAUAGAGAAUUUUAAAAUAAUAACAGCUUUGACAUAUGAACUUGGUGCUUGCUCAGAUUUGAUUGUGUUUUACUUUGUAUGGGCAUAAAUUACUGCACAAUUCUAGCCUUCUAAAUCCUUUGCUUUUGGAAAAGAAGUGUCAUGUAAAAAUAUUUUUGUGCAUUCAGAUAGCAAGAGUCAGACCUUGAGUCUGGCUAUUGCCAGGACUCCGGUAGCUCCUUAAGCUUGACACUUCUCGGGAGAGGAGGGAACCGGCCAGCCAGGGGCUGAGUGCACGUGGCCCGCUCUCCUCCAGACCCUCCCUCCCCCUGCUUUCCUUUCCCCUCGCCUCUUCCUGCCUCCCUUUUCUCCCCUGAGGAGGCAGACCAGGCUGAGAUUCACGGGACUCCACACUAAGCCAUUAGUUUAUAGCUUUGACAACUAAGUUUCUGCUGCCUGUAGGUGCUUAUUUUUAAAAGAUGCUUUUAGGAUCAAAAUAUAACCGUACCUGAAGUCUGGGCUCCACUACGUUGAGUCAUACCCUGCAGCCCCCCAACAGGGCAGGUAAGAGAAGGGCUUGUCUUGGCCGCUGGGCUCACUGGGAGGUGUAAUAUUAACCCAGUGGAUUAUACGCCAGUAAUCUGAAAUGGUCUUACCAGUAGUGAGAGAGCAGUCCCAAAUAUGAUUAGCUUCCAAUAGUAGAACUUUGGGGGAGAAACACUGCCAAGGGUAGUAGUUUGGGAGGUAUUUUGCCAAGAUAAUGAUCAUUCUGCUGGGCCUAUCCCCAUUCUUAAAUAUGAAGCAGUUACCUUCAGAAGCUUCUUGAGAAUGGUUUGGAAAGAUGGGGAAUGGGUUCUAGAGAAACAGAAAACGUAAUGAUCAUCGAAAGGGAUCACUGAAAGAUCAUGGAACAGAUGUGAUGUUGCUGUCUGAAGUUAUCCUUUGUUUUCGUGCAGGACAUUCAAAGAAUGUAUAUGGCAGCAGGAACUCAUUUCUCUUCUCAGUAGAAAGUAAAAAUAAGUGAAGAGGCAUUUCUGGCAUAGUCUAGAUGUGUUGGUAUUUGGUGCUAUCUUUGUUCAGCCAAUUUGUUGUCUACUCUUGAAUUCUGACUACUUUAAUCUGCUUGUGCUUUGGGUGUAUAAAAUUACAUAUAUGCAUAUAUAUAUAUAUAUAUAUAUAUAUAUAUAUAUAUAUAUAUAUUUCUUUUUGCCAAAAACAAAAGCCUUCCUCCUUGUCAAAUGAUUGCUAAAGCAGAUUUCACUUCUUUAGUUAUGUGUGUACACACACACACACACACACCCACACACACACCCAUACCUACACUGAGUGAUUUAUCUUCUUUCCCAGGGAGCACAGUUUUAAGGCUAUGAAAUACAAUGAAAAAGGGUCCAUCUACUGAGUUUUCCAAGCAAUUCUUGUACCCAGGUUUCGGGGAAGAAUCUGAAAUUCCUGUUAUGUUUACAGCAACAAUCUGUCAUUCCCCAGCUGGCUCUCAGCCUCUCUCUCUCUCUCUGCCUUCCAUAUGGUUAGAAUCAUGUCAUUUUGCUACUCAGUGGCCGCAUCUGCUUCUGUGAAAGACCAGUUGCAUUUAUGUGGACUCUCAGGUAUCAUUAAAGAAAAGCCAGAGGAGGGGUGAGUGGACAUCCCUAACCCCCAGGUACAGCAGGGCCGUUUGCUGGCCUUUGGCCACGAACACUGUAGUCUCCCAGCUGAACAGAGCUUUGUAAAGCUCAGCAUCCACUCUCUGGACAGAGGGGCAUUCUCGGCAGCGGCCAGCCUUCGCCACUGCCCUGGUCCGCUGGGCUGAACAGGGAAGUAACUGGGCGCCUCGCUCCCCACCUCUCGGUGGCCCCGUCCCCGCAUUCGUUAGAGAAGCCACAUGGCAUUUCGUUGGGCCCAUCUUAAAACCUUUCCUUGUGAUGACUUCAUUCUGCAAGUCCAGCGUUCUCUGCUGAGUCCUGCUCCACAAGAGGGCCUCGCUUCAGCUGGUCUCUUGUUUCAGCUCAGGCCGGUAGGUAGGCCGGCGCUCCUCUCCCUUCCCAGGGACAACCGUUACACACAGAAACCAUUGCAUUUAUGGGGGGAAAUUGAUGAAAACAAGUCAACCUUGAAAUUUCAUGAAAACAAAAUGACCUGCCUUUUUAUUUGAUAGUGUAAUACCAUUUGUUUUAUAAAUUUUUUAGGGUUUUUUUUUCUCAUUGUAAUAUUAUUGUACAGUUUUGCAUGGCCUGGGUGUAAUCAUUUUUUUGUUUAGAAUAUAAUGCUGACAAAUAAGUGUGUAUGGAAGGGGAAAAGAUACUGCUUUGGCCUCUUAUCACUCCUUAUUUCAUUUUGUUUGGUUUUAUCCCCUCAUUGUCUUAGGGAACUUUAUGAGAUUCUCUGCUACCAAACAAUGGUGUGGAUUCUUUUGCACAGAAAUAUUUAAGGUGGGACAGUCAAAAUAUAACAGAAGACGCCUCACCGAUAUUUUACGUUGGUAUCACUUAAUAUUAACCAGACUCUGAUGUAUUGCAAUAAAACAGGGAACUGUU